AUAUUGUAAGAGAAACCUUUCCAAUAAAGAAAAAAGAAAUCGUGGACAUGUGACUCUGCUCUAAAAGCCCUCACUACCCUCCACAAACUCACUAAUGUCUUCUUCACAUGUUUAUGCAUGAAUAAAGAAAGGCAAAGAUCUUUAAUUUGCUUGAUUCUGCAAAAUGGGUUAUCGGGUUCAGCUUCUGGGUAUGUACUAUUUGGCAUGCUUCAGCUUUGUUGUUAUGAGCACAGUGAGUGAAACAAGAGAUAAUAAAACUGUGAUGAAAGGGAGUGUUAUCAUUGAUGGAAACUCUGUGAUUGGAAAUAUUGAUGAUGAUUUUGUUUGUGCAACUUUGGAUUGGUGGCCCCCUGAGAAAUGUGAUUAUGGUAGAUGUAGUUGGGGUCUUGCUUCUCUUCUAAAUCUGGACCUCAACAACAAGAUUUUUUUAAAUGCAGUGAAAGCCUUUUCACCAUUGAAACUGAGAUUAGGUGGGAGUUUGCAAGAUAAGGUGAUAUAUGGGACUGAAGAUUACAACCAACCUUGCACUCCUUUUAUUAGAAAAGAAUCCGAAAUGUUUGGAUUCACACAAGGUUGCCUCCCAAUGCCAAGAUGGGAUGAACUUAAUGAUUUCUUCCAAAAAGCAGGGGCUAAGGUUGUCUUUGGAUUGAAUGCACUUACUGGAAAGUCAAUACAUUCUGGUUCUGCAACAGGACCUUGGAACUACACCAAUGCUGAAUCGUUUAUUCAAUACACUGUUGGAAAGAACUAUGCCAUUCAUGGAUGGGAACUUGGCAAUGAAUUGAGUGGCAGUGGAGUUGGAACAAGUAUUUCUGCAGACCAAUAUGCUUCUGAUUUUGCGGCCUUAAGAGACAUAGUUCAAAAUGCAUAUAGAGACUUUGAUCCUAAGCCAUUAGUCAUUGCUCCUGGAGGUUUCUUCGAUGCAACUUGGUUCAAAGAAUUUAUAAGCAAAUCUGGUAAAUCUUUGGAUGUGGUCACUCACCACAUUUAUAAUCUUGGACCAGGUGUUGAUGAACACCUUGUGGAAAAAAUUCUGAAUCCUUCUUAUCUUGAUGGAGAGAAAAGUACAUUCAAAGGCCUGAAAGAUAUACUUGAAAGUACAGCAACCUCAGGAACAGCAUGGGUUGGUGAGUCGGGAGGGGCUUAUAACAGUGGACAUCAUAUGGUAUCCGAUGCAUUUGUGUACAGUUUCUGGUAUUUGGAUCAACUUGGCAUGUCGGCCGCUUACGACACGAAAACAUAUUGCAGACAGAGUUUGAUAGGAGGAAACUAUGGUUUACUCAAUACUACCAACUUCCUUCCAAAUCCAGACUACUAUAGUGCUCUUCUUUGGCACCGACUCAUGGGUAGACAUGUACUAUCAACUACCUUCUCGGGGACAAACAAGAUACGAGCUUAUGCACACUGCGCAAAGCAAUCCAAAGGAAUCACCAUACUAUUGAUCAACCUAGACAACAGCACAAAUUUUGAAGUGACCUAUAGCAACACUAAGAGUUUGUGGCACAGAAAGAUGUCUGAUAAUUCAAAAAUAAUGAAACUACCUCUUCAUAGUUCAAGUGUAACAGCAAGAGAAGAGUACCAUCUAACUCCACAAGAUGGAAAUAUUCAUAGCCAAAUCAUGGUAUUGAAUGGAAAUGUUUUAUCUAUAAACUCAGAUGGUGAUAUCCCUCCUUUGGAGCCUCUAUAUGUAAACUCAUCAAAGCCUAUAACAGUUGCUCCUUUUUCCAUUGUAUUUUCUCAUAUACCUGAUGCUGUUGUUCCGGCUUGCGGCUAGUUAUGUUGCACUAGGCGAAACCAAAAAUUGGUGUCACUUGGUGAUUGAACAGAUUAAUAUUGACUUUCAAUUUAUAAUUGUUAAUGAACUGAGUGCUAGUUUUUUUUUUUUUUUGUUGAAAUUUGGACUUUGAUA